CUUAGUCCCAGAUUAACUCUUCAGUCUUGAUUUAUUUAAGUCACUGGGUAUUUUCCCAUAACUUGCACAGAUUAUAUUGUAAAAAUCUCUUCAAAGGUCAGUUUAGAACCUUCUAAGCAAAUAAACACGAAGUAAAGGAAAAGGCAUUGGCACUGUUAUCUAACUGAGAGCUUAACAAAAGGUAUGCUGGCUUAAUUUGAGCCAGGAGAGCUGGAUGGAGAUUGCGUUUAACCAGAAAUGCUGGCAAAAAUAUGCUUCAGUAGAGCCAGAAUCACAUGUGGCCAUUCCACUUUAAUUGUGCUUGUUUUAAAAGAUAGGUCUUUAACAUUUACCCUCUCCAUGCUUGCUGUCUUUUUAUGAACUGAAAAUAAAAGCUCCCCAGGCAGUCGUACCAAGACCUCAAGCCUCACAUUUUUCAGCUGAGUCAAAUGCAAAACCUGCGCUCAAUCUGCCCCAUGCAUUUUUUGUAGCCAUAAGAAGAUUGGACUGGUUUCCUUCCCGAGUCCCCAGGCUGGUCCUAACCCAGGGAGCCAGUGUUUUGAUACUAAAUGUGUCUCCUCAGUGAGGUCAAAGGCAGUGGCAGCAGUGCUACUGGUUCCAAGGCAGCCUGCUGUAAUGUACUACAACACCCGAAAGUACGCUCAACAAUAACAAAAGCAUUAACCGCUGACCCACAACUUGGUGAAAUUCAAUCCCACCAUUAGGCAAACAUGAAAAUGAGAUCCCAGAGGAAGGAAGGUUCAGAUGUUCAAGACCAGAGAAAUUGGGUGAGGAACACAGGCGACGAGAUGGGAAGUUGUUGCAGACUGAGGGGAGGGAAAGGGAGGUUGCCAGUUCAGCGGUAGAAUCUUUUAAUACCAGAAAUUUCAACAUGCAUUUAGGCAGUGUUUUUGCUCCACUUUGGAUCAAAGCAAACUAAAACCAUUUAUAAUAAAGAUACUUUUCACUGUUUUAGGGACAUGUUUAAUGUGAUAUUGUUUGAUUUCCCAGGGGUUGCAUAAUGUUUCCAGAUUUGUUUCCAGAUUUGCUCUAAGUUAGACGCUUGUGUCAAUGUGUGAGUGCUCACCACAAGGCUGGAGUGUUAGAGGAGCCUGAAAGGGCUAAGCACCCAAGUCUGACUCUGGUUUAUCUUGUUUCAGGUGGGUUACAGAUUUACACCACUGUCACUAAGUAUAUUUCAGUGAGAGUCAGAUGCACCCUGGAAAACACAAGUCAUAAGUUCUGUGUCUCAGUAAUGAGUAAUGGUGCAUGUGCUGCAGCCAUCAGUGGCAGGAGGCUGGAGACGGGCACUGGCAGGACUGCAUGCUCUCUAUUGUUGUUACAGUGCCUUGCUUUUCUCCCCAGAACACACUCACUGCAGAUGACCAUUCUCCUGAGGACAGCUUCACCCUGAACCCCGAGGACAGAAGAGAAUACCCUGAUCUCCAGGCUGCCCACCGGCCAUUCCCCAAGCAGCGCUUCAGGCAGGAGAACGGGCAUACGUCCUUGCAAAGAGAUGGACCCAGAUCUUUCCUCCUGGAUCUCCCAAACUUCCCUGACCUGUCAAAAGCAGAUAUCAAUGGGCAGAAUCCCAACAUUCAGGUUACCAUUGAAGUGGUGGAUGGCCCUGACACCGAGACAGACAAGGAUCUGCAGAAAGAGAGCAGCAAGCCUAGCUGGCCAGUCCCAUCUCCUGAAUGGAGAAACUGGUGGCAAAGGUCCUCCACCUUGACUCGCAUGAGCAGCGGUGACCAGGACUACAAGUACGACAGCACUACUGAGGACAGCAACUUCCUAAACCCUCUCGGUGGGUGGGAUAGUCAUGCACCCAGUCACCGGACAUUUGAGUCCAAGGAGCAGCCAGAGUAUGAUUACAUGGAUGGCGAGGGAGACUGGAGCCCAUGGUCCCUCUGCAGCGUCACCUGCGGCAGCGGCAACCAGAAGAGGACGAGGUCCUGUGGGUAUGCCUGCACGGCCACCGAGUCACGGACCUGUGACCGGCCCAACUGCCCAGGGAUUGAAGAUACCUUCCGGACAGCUGCCACAGAAGUGAGCUUACUUGCAGGAAGUGAAGACUUCAACGCUACCAAGCUGUUUGAAGUUGAUACUGAUAGCUGCGAAAGAUGGAUGAGCUGCAAAAGUGAGUUCUUGAAGAAAUAUAUGCACAAAGUGGUCAAUGAUCUUCCCAGCUGCCCGUGCUCCUACCCCAGAGAAGUUGCAUACAGCACUGCUGAAAUCUAUGAUCGACUGAAGAGGAAAAACUUCCGCUGGAAAGAUGCGAGUGGUCCAAAGGAAAAACUGGAGAUUUAUAAACCCACUGCACGAUAUUGCAUCCGCUCCAUGCUCUCUUUGGAAAGCACAACACUUGCAGCACAGCACUGCUGCUAUGAUGAUAAUAUGCAGCUGAUUACCAGAGGGAAAGGGGCAGGCACGCCGAACCUGAUCAGCAUUGAAUUCUCAGCAGAACUCCAUUACAAAGUGGACAUUCUGCCUUGGAUUAUAUGCAAAGGUGACUGGAGCAGAUACAAUGAGGCACGGCCUCCAAACAAUGGGCAGAAGUGCACAGAAAACCCUUCAGAUGAAGACUACUACAAGCAAUUUCAAGAAGCAAGGGAAUACUGAGAUGUUCCUCCUCUUGAGACACAAAAUAGCAUUCGUUUCCAGGAUGCCAAAGAACUGAUAACGGCUGCUGCAUUGUCUCCUUGACAGGGGUUGAUCAGUUUCUUUCUAAUGAAUGUAUAUAGUUGUAAUAUAAUACAUAAGUAUUUUUCAUAGUGUGUGUAAUUUAUAAACACAUAUCUCUCUAUCUCACACACACCUAUUUUUACAUACAGACAUACAUAAAACUUGCCCUGGUAGGAUUUUAUACUGCAAUAACGUUCAUUUAACAAUGUGCAUUUCAUUUUAUUCCCCAACUGUAACAGAAGUGUGAGAUGGGGGUGAGGGGGGGGGGCAGCUGCCAUCACCAUCGGGCCCCAAGGCUCCAGCUGAGGAGUUCACAUAGUUAAAAGUUGUUAUAAACAAUAGGAUUGAAGAAUGCACUCUUCCAUAUGGGAACAGUUUACAAGAUUAAUGCACCUACAGCAUCAGUUUUCUCUAUAAUUGACUUCAUGACUAAUCAUAUCUAAGAAAGGGAGACUAUUUUUGUUGGAAAGGUAAUACUCAAAAGUGAAUAUAGACAGUUACUAGCAAUUUCAUCUUGGUUUUCUUCCUGUUACAGUCGAGCUCGGGUCUUUGCAGUCCAUCUGGGAUAGGCUUGCAGGGAGAUGUAGCUGUGGUUUCCCUAUGGAGCAGAAAAGGCCCAAUGCAGUGGUUGAGCAAGAGUUACUGCCCACUCCUGGAGCCAGGUCAGGUAUGGAGCUACAGCUGUCAGGGCUUAUGUUCUACACUGGGAGCAGAUCUUCAGGGCAGCUACCUGUAAACCGGGCAUGCCAUAGGUCACUGGAGGAGUGAGGCCAGAGGAGGAAACCAUGUCAAAGGGAAAUAAAAGGAAAAAUCAGUUACUUCCCAAUUUUCAGUACAAAGAGUGUUGAGACCUGUUUGUUUCUUUCUUUUAAGAGAAAAAAUGUCAUUUUUUAAAAGAAAACGAAAAUCAGAAUAUGCAUUUCUAAGCUCCCUGAAACAAAGCAUGCAACCCGGCCUUUUCCCCCAUCUACCAUACACCGAGUACACAGGGUUCUACAGAAGAAGCUGUUCUUUCAGGAAGCUGUCUGGAAGGAGCUAUUGGUGAGUCAAAAUGUCUUCAGUUUUAAAAAGCUAGCGUUAUUUUUGUAAAGUAUUUAUUGAAUUGUAACAAUAACUCACAUGCGGGAUAUGUGUCUGACAUGAGAGGCUUCUGCAGAUGGAACUUGAUUGCCAAGAACAAGACUGUUGUUAGGCAAAGGUUUUACUUCUAAAUUUUGAUAGAGUGCCAGUUUACGUACAUAAUCCUGUAAUUAAGCAGCUGAUAACCUGCAUUCUUAUGAAAGAUAAAAACUACACCAUGGGUAAAUAAACACAGUUCCAUCCUCCAAAA